AAUUUGCUGCGACCCUUUCGUUUUUUUUUCUAAAAUAUAUUUCUAUCUUGUGUACUUAAAACACUAACUAAUAAAAUAUACUUAAAUUUUGAACGAACUUAUUUGUUUAAUUAAUUUAAUAUUUUCUUGAAUCAAAACUGUUUGCUCAGUUUAUUAAUUCGCUGCCGUCCUAGCAUCUCUGUUAUAUGGCGGGUUCUUCGGGUCGUUCUGAAAGUUGACCGUGUCCCGACAUGUCUUCGAACGACGUGCCCGUUCAACCGAAAAUCAUCGUACCGGUGCGCGCGUGACAGUUCGGACUCAUAUUUACACUGUAGUUGCGACAAACGACAAAAGGUAUUGAAGAAACCAUACUUCGAAUCGAACUCCCAAACCGAACGCGUCUCCUCGGCAUUCCGUUCGGCGGGAACUUCGGCUGCCGGCCACGAUGACGGAGGUCGCACAGGAAGAAGUCUUAGACGAGAAUUACGGUCCUGUUCGGAUCCAAAAGCUCGAAGGCAACGGAAUCGGAGCGGCGGACAUCAAAAAACUAGAAGAGGCCGGUUUCCACACGGUCGAGGCCGUCGCGUACGCGCCCAAGAAGCAGCUGCUGACCAUCAAGGGCAUCAGCGAGGCAAAGGCUGACAAAUUGCUCGCCGAGGCGGCCAAGUUGGUUCCUCUGGGCUUCACCACGGCCACGGAGAUUCACCAGAAACGCUCGGACAUCGUCCAGAUCACCACGGGGUCGACGGAGUUAGACAAGUUGCUCGGCGGAGGCAUCGAAACUGGUUCUAUCACCGAGGUUUUUGGGGAGUUCCGGACAGGCAAGACGCAGCUGUGUCACAUGAUGGCGGUGACGUGCCAGCUGCCAAUCGAGCACAGCGGGGGCGAGGGCAAGUGCCUGUACAUCGACACGGAGGGCACCUUCCGCCCGGAGCGCCUGCUGGCCGCUGCCGAGAAGUACGGCCUCUCGGGGCCCGACGUGCUCGACAACGUGGCCUAUGCCCGGGCCUACAACUCCGACCACCAGACCCAGUUGCUCAUUCAGGCUUCGGCCAUGAUGGCAGAGACCCGCUACGCGCUGCUGGUGGUGGACUCGGCCAUGGCGCUGUACCGCACGGACUACUCCGGCAGGGGUGAGCUGAGUGCCAGGCAGAUGCACCUGGCCCGGUUCUUGCGCAUGCUCCUGCGGCUGGCAGACGAGUUCGGCGUGGCCGUGCUCAUCACGAACCAGGUGGUGGCCCAGGUGGACGGGGCCUCCAUGUUUGCAGCCGACCCCAAGAAGCCCAUCGGCGGGAACAUCAUGGCACACGCGUCCACCACCCGCCUCUAUCUGCGCAAGGGGCGCGGGGAGACUCGUAUCUGCAAGAUUUAUGACUCACCGUGCCUGCCCGAGGCCGAGGCCAUGUUUGCCAUCACCCCUCAGGGUAUUGCGGACGUCAGGGACUAGUCUUGUCUCGGGCCAUCGCGGACGUCGGGGUCUGGUAACCCCUUGGCAUUGCGGAUGUCAGAGACUAGUCCGUUGUGCUCCAAUGUUGUGCUGAAACUGACUGUUGGGGGGAGGCUUUCGAUUGAAUGGAUUGUUCUGCAUUGACUGCCCGGUCAAAUAAAAACUGUCUAUUUGGCAUGCACUGUCGUCGACCUAGCAUGAUUACGGCAAAAUCGAGAUCUCCAUCUGUCGAGGUCUCAGGGUUGUGUCUUUUUGGAUUUGAUGAAUUGUUCUUGAAUUGGCUGUAGACUAUAAUGGAAAUGGUGGUGCUUGUAGGGCACGAGCGAGGGAAAGCGGACAAGCUGGCAUCGAUCUAGUAUGUUGGCUCGAGACUGAAGAUGGCGGCAAGCUAGAUCUCAGUCUCGUGGUCUCUGGGUAGAGGCAAGGUCUCAAUCUCUCUAUCCUUUUCUGGCGUUUUUGGUGUCAUCUGUGGUUGUUGUCAACCACAGAAAAUGCAUUUUCUCUCACAUGCUUGUUUUUCUUCUAUUUCCCGUCAUGGAAAAAGGGGCAAAAAGCUGAAGCAUACUUCCCCUGUCUGUUUUUCUUUUAUAUUUUUUAUGCUACUCCUGGGCUGAAUAUGUUACUCUUCUACAUGCCUACCUAAAUACCCUUCACUUCUGCAACCUGGUAUUUGCUUUAGGACGCGAUCGUGCCCCGCUAGACGAUGCACAAUUGUCUACAUUCAGUCUUGUAGUUCCAUAGGGCCUUGGCGAAACCUGCGGGUACAUGUACAGGCUCACAUUGUGUGUGGCAUUGCUAUCUCCUACCAUACCGAGACCACCGGAUUUCCUGUCGUCCCCUAUUUCUUUUAUCCACCGUGAUAUUUGUUCCCCACAUGCCUUCCCCAUUUCUUCCCAGUUGGUGUCUACACCCUAAGUUUGAUUUAUCUGUCUCAUCAGAAAAAAAGGUUGGUAGUAACUGAAGUUCUGAAGGUAUUAACUGAAGCUUUUAUUCAGUCAAGCGCAGUGCCACUCCAUUCAAGUUCUGCAGGUAUUAACUGAACCUUUUAUUCAAUCAAGCACAGUGCCAGUUCAUUCCUAUAAUAUUUUUGCAGGAUGUGAAUUCCUUUGGAGAUUGAUUUUCAAUGAGUAUAUAAUUGUAUGUUCAGAGAACGUGUCUGAAUAAACUUAUAUUUUUAACUCAUCAA